AUGCGCUAUCAACAGGCCAUUGACGAUGAAACCUUUGGAACAGCAUUGAUUGAUGUAGAGCGGAUAUUGAACAAUAAACCCCUGACUCCAGUUGCAAAUGAAGCCCCGGAUCUCGCAUUCAAAACCGAAGUAUCUGGUACCUUUGAGACUAAAUCUCGGACUAGGGGUACUCCGAACAAUCCCCAAAUAUUAUUCGACUUGCUGGAAGAAGCAACUUACCUGCCGGGUGUCUUCUGGAAACGAUGGGUCGUAGAGUACUUGCCCACACUGCAGGUGCGCUAA